AUGGCGCAGAGGAUCUUCGGGAAGAGGAUAAGAUUUCAUCCUUCCCUCUUUCUCUCCCUCAACUCCCUCCCCGCCCUCCACCCUCUCCUUCCUUGCACUCAAACCUUUCCUCCACUCUUUCCCUCCAUACCCAUCCACUCUCCACUCCUCUACUUCACGCCUCUACUUCCCCUCCGUACAACCCUUCCCCUCAUUCCCUCUUCAAUUAUUCACCACUCUCCACUCCCUCCUCACUUCUCCACCCUCCUCCACGCUCCCGCUUCACCUCCCCUCUAUACUUCCAACGCCCCCUCCCCUUAUUCCACAUUUAUUCACCCCUCCACUUCCUCCUCCACACCCCACUCUCAUCUCACUUCUCCUCCCUCAUCCACUCCCUCCUUCACCUCCAUUCCAUACCUCCCACUCCCCCUCUCCCUCCUCACCUAUCCACCUCCCUCCAUUCCCCUUUUCAUACAAGCAGUCCCUCCUCACUUAUCACCCCUCCACUCCCUCUCUCCCCUCCCCUCCCCCCCUCGUCAGGGGUUGUUUGCCCCGGUGCGGGCGGUCGUGCCUGCGGUGCUGGCGACGUGA